CACACCUCCAGAGGAGCAUGUCUGUUGUACGAACGUCCACAGGCGGGGCCAAGGUCAAGUCGACGUCGACCGAGUGGUCCGGAGAGUGGGAGGAGCAGGCGUUUGUGAGCGGGCCUGGCGUGGUCAUCGAGGGCAACGUGACGCAGGUGCGGUACCAUUCGGUCUCGGACGCGCGGGACGUGCAUCGGUACAUGGCGGUGCGGAUCAAGGUGACCAUGGCUCGGAAGCGCAACAUCGACGAGCACGGCAUCGAGCACGAGCCGCGCAUGGUCGGCAUGAAGCGGCUGCGGACCGGAUACCUCUCGUACAAGAAGGUCGAUCCGAAGGAUCCGGACGCCGUCCUGCCCGACGAGCUGUCCAAGCUGCUGGGCUCUGAGGAGGCCGGCACGUCGAUGCCGCCCGAGGUCUACCCGCCGGCGCUUGAGCAUGUUCAUCCGACCGUCGAAGGCGUGUUUGAGCUGUGGGGUGAGUCAGACAUGAUGCGCCCGCUCGAUCUGCGGCCCGAAGACGAGCUGCGGAUUCGGACAAAGGGCAACUCGAUGUUCAUCGAGUCUAUUGCCCGCACAACCGACUCUUCCUUCCAGAACUACUCGGGCGGCCAGGUGCUCGAUGGGUGGGCGUCCAAGAUCAAACCCGGCGGCUUUGGCGACAACGAGCCGCUGCCCGGCGAGGACAAGGAGGGCAUCGACUCGGACGAGUGGGACAACGACGACGACUCGGACUGGUGA